AUGUGUAGUUUAUCUAAGGGAAAAAUAGCGACGGUGAUAAAAUCGACAUCAAAGAAUAUUUUCGAGAAUCUGGCGUUUGAGGAAUACCUAUUUAGGGUGAGUAUAUAUUUGAAAGAAAAUUGAAAAAUGUGGUUUUUAGACUCACAACGUUGAAAAGAGUGGAGAAUUAUUGUUAAUAUGGUCGAAUCAACCUUGUGUGGUAAUAGGAAGACAUCAGAAUCUUUGGCUGGAAGUAAAUCAAAAAUUCACACGGAAAAAUAAUAUAGAAAUAGCUAGAAGACACAGUGGAGGUGGAGCAGUUUAUCAUGAUUUAGGAAACCUAAAUAUCUCCUUAUUAACAACACAUGCGCAACAUUGCCGCCCGAAAAAUCUGAAAUUCAUAUCCGAAUCCAUAAAUAAUCGAUAUCGCGCGCUGAAAAUCGAACCAAAUUCGAGAGAUGAUAUGGAACUUUUGCCAGGAAAUCGGAAAUGUUCUGGAACUGCGGCUAGAAUUGCAAAAGGUCAAGCCUAUCAUCAUCUGACACUUUUAGUCGACGCAAAUUUGGAGAAUUUAAAAAACGCGUUGAAAAGUGAUUUGGCGGAAAGAAUUGAGACAAAUGCGACUAGAAGUGUGAGAGCAAAAAAGGUUGGAUUUUUGAGAGAGGAUGAUGUGAAUUGUGAAGUUGAAGAGGUGAAGGAAACUAUUAUUGAGGCAUAUAAGUAAGUUUUUUGAAGAGAGUCACACCUGACGAGAGAGUGUCCCAAAUUUUUUGUGCAGUGUGAAAAUUUUUUUCAAAAAAAAAUGUGCAGCGUGAAAUUUUCAAGUUUUUCGAAAAAAAAAAAGUCCGCGGGCAGGAGGAUUCGAACCCUGGUCUCAUGCUCGUCAGUCUAAAAUGCUAUCCUCUUGGCCACAUCUCUUUUUUCUCCCGAGGGGAAAGUGUUGGUGGAAAGGAAACUGUUUUCAAACGAAUGCGUUGCAACGUUGCUCAAAAUUUGAAGUUAGGAUAACUAAGCUUAGGCUUAACGGAUAUAGUUGAUUUUUUUCCAAUAGAUUGCUAAGGUCAUAGGCAGUGUGGAACACCAUGAGUGCAGUGUGGAAAUGCCCUAUUUCGCUGUUAUUUUGAAGUGUCCAUUUUGAUGGUAAAUAUGGACAUUACAAAGAAUCGGACGGCAUUUUUUUUCGAGCACAUAUCAAGGGUUGGUAUAUUCAGAAAGUUGGUGUAUUUUUAAGCGUAGUUUUUGAAUUUACCCAUGUGCAGUGUGGAAUUUGAAGUUUUUUCAUAGAAAGUCAAUUUUUUUGAAAUUUCAGUGACACUAUGGUUUGCUAAGCAGUCACGUAAAUUCCACACUGCACAUUAUGUUACCACACUAAAACAAAGUCUGCUGAGUUGAUUUUCACCGAGAAACUUCGAAAUAUUCGCAAUCUGAAGUUGAUUUUGAAGUUGGGAAAAAAUAAAAAAAGUUAGCUCGAAUGAAGAUUCGAACCUGGGCCUUCUGAACACUAGCAAAAUGGCCUACCACUGAACUAAAUGUGCAUUUAUUUCCCCAAGUUAAAUGUUGAUGAAAAAAGGAAACAAAGUUUUUUUUCGAAAAAAAUGCAGUGUGACUUUUGAAAAAAAUGCACAGUGUCCAUUUUGGACACGUCUCGUCAGGUGUGAAGAGAGUGGGAAUUUUUGAAAAAUAUUGCGAAAAAAAACAUUUCUGCAUGAAAAAUUAUUAUCUCCACAGGCAAUCCGCAAAGGAUCAUUUAAGGACGCUUUAAGGAUCCUUCCAAAAUUGUACAAAAGGGGGCUUUAAGUACAUCAAAAAGGACGAAUUAAGGACGGUUUAAGGAUGGAUGAAAAAUGGACCUUUUAUUAAAUUUUGAAAAAUUUUGGUGAUAAAUCUGUUAAACAGAUGAUAAACAAAAAUAGAAGUCCGAAACUUCAAUUAAAUAUAGACUUCUGCGAAAUAAAGCUGAAUUGCCUUUUUUGCAGAGAAAAUUUAUUUAUAUAAUCUGCAUGACGGACACAUGGCGAGCUGCGCGCACUGUUAUUUUUUGUGUAGGGGGCGGAGCUUGCCUUCCUUAAAGGAUCGUUUGAAGCACCCUUAAAGGAUACUUUUUUAAGGUUACAUUUUUGUUGGAAUUUUGUAUUGUUUCAUGAUUAUAACACAUAAUUUCGGUUUUUUGAGUGUGUGACAUCAAUUUAUUAUCACUACGAGCAUGAAAUGAGCCCGUUUUGGCCCACCCUUUUUCCGGCCUUUAAAAUUUAAGGAUGAAAAAAGGACGCUUAAAGGAUGAACGGUCCUUUAAGCGUCCUUAAAGGAUCCUUUGCGGAUUGCCUGUGUCUUUUUAUGCCAAAAUUAAAUGAUUGUAUUUUUUGUGUAAAAAAUUCAAUCCUCAAAAUUUUCUAGAAAUCUCUUCACCUCCACCUCAACAAUCACCGAAAAUCCCGCCGAACUGAUCAAAUCCACUCCAGAAAUCGCAAAAAUUCUGGAAGACCUAAAGUCGUGGCAAUGGAUUUACGGAAAAUCGCCGAAAUUCGUCUACGAUACAAAAAUUCAUGUGAAAAACGGGAUUUGCGAGGAAACAGGACAGAGAUUUGAGGAAUUCUAA